AGAACGGGUGUGUUGAUAUACAGAGGCAUCUGAGGAAAGGUUUGAACGGAACCACUGCAUUCUCUGGAAGCUAUGUCGGCAAACAGUGAAAUCAUCAACGUGAACUCCCCAUGACAGAGUUGCAUUCGUGGACAGUGGCCAGUCCAGUCAUUCAUACUCAUUUCUCUUUAGGUUGUGUGCAAAUAAAGAUUGAGGAAGAUUAUGAUCAGGUAAUGAUUGAAGAUCAUCACAGUUGUGAGGAUGAUGAUUCAACUCUGAAUAUAGAAAAUACAUCUGCAUCACCUUUGAAUAUUGACAGAGGCCAGCAGAGGGACACUGGCAGACAGCCCACCACUUCCCUCAUGCAGACACCCAAGAGGUGGAGCUCAGACAGGCAGGGGACUAACGGCACCUCUCAGAACACAGGAGGGCAGGGCUCUGCGUCCUUGUCAUUAACCAGCAGUAUGAGAAUGGAACAAGAGGGGGAGUCAUCGCUUGAAAAUGACAGCCAACAACUUCAUGAGGAGGAGAGCUCAUUUUCAAAGGACUCCUUUGGCACUGAUCAACUAACAACCCUGGGUGAAAUCCUUGCAUAUUGCCAGGUUAUGUAUGGAGCCAUCCAGAAACUGGAUGAGAAGUUUGAUCAGCUACAAGCCAAGGUGACAAAUAUUCAGCCAAUCCAGCUGACUCAAGAACGGUUCCAAAAGGCUGUACCAAAAACACAAUUUCUGUCCAAGAACACAGACCCUCCAGCUGUAAGUGUGAACACGUCUUUGGCACCAGACCUGGCCUUGUCCAUGCCACAUUUGGUGCGUGUGUGUUCUCCUCCACCGCCUCCCUCUGUGGAGGUGAAGAGACCCCCAGCUCUCUCUCCAGCCCCAAGACUGCCCAGCCCACCCAGCCUACCCAGCCUGGCCCCGCAGCUUGUUAAGACCGUUGGCACAGCAAACUUCUCAAACCAUGUGAUUCCCCUCAGCAAAGUUCUGGACCAGCAGACUCAGAGCCAAUCUCACACAGCACAUGGAGCCAGCCCUAAAACAGAUUCUAGAGAUAUUGCUUCAAGUACACCAUCAAAAUCAGUACCUAAUCAACAAAGUUGGCUGGGCAACAAGAGGAGGAAUGUGUGCAUCAGCCAGACCGCCCUCCUGAAGGCUGAAAAGAUGUCCAAACCUGGGAAGGCUGCCCGGUUCCUCAUGCGCUGUGUAUUCUCCAUAGAGGAGAUGAGCUGUAGCAACAUUAUGGGUGACCCCACCAGGGGCCUGAAGAAACUGGAUCCAAACAAGCUCAGUGCCAUCAGAGAAUGGCUGGCCAGAAAGUACCCACGGUUUGAUCUCAAAGAGAAAGGCAAAGACUGGAGAAAAUGCACGUCAAUCAUGAACGCAACUGCCAGGUACCUACGUCUGAUGGCCAAGAGGCGACGGCUGAAAACACAGAGCGAGAAUGAAACUCCGAAGACUCCUGAUGUCUCGGAAUCGUACACAGAACCCAUCCCGGAACCAGAAGCAGAUCCUGACCCUGAGGUGGACCAGCCCACAGAGAAGUACGUAGCACAGAUUGAGGAGCCCGUAGAGAAUUACACCUCAGAGACGGAGUUCACAAUAGAGGAGUACACAGCAGAGAUCGAUGUGGAGCUGUCUGAGAGUGAGGAGGAAGACGACAACGCGAGGGUUAACAAAUGGAUACAAAGUGAUGAGGAAAACAGUUUGACGUCCUACUCAGACACUGUGUAUGAGCAUCUUGGGAACCCUCUGCGGGACGUGAAGGUACCCCAGUUCGCCAUGUUCACAGCCCUGCAGCGAACCAGGCCUGAGCUGGCAGCACGCGUCCUCAUCAAAUACAUGUUUCCUGAGGAGGUGCUCGUGGUGAGCAAUGUCCAUGGCAACAAUGAAAGUGGCAUCCAAGCUCUGGACCACAACAAAUUAACUGCUCUUCGAGAACACCUACAAGAGCGUUUCCCCUGGUUAUUGUUAGAGGAGGAUGGCCAGGACUGGAAGGUGUGUGUGGGAGCCAUCAACAGCACAAUCCGCAAGUUCAGACAUGACCUCAAGAUGGGCAGGGGGCGCAAGAAGGGAACAUGAGGAGAGGCAAAAGCGAACAAGUGUAUUUCUGUAGGAGAAAUGCUUAAAGGAACACACCACCGUUUUUCAAAUUAAAAGUACAUUAUUCCCUAAAUUAAGACCAGUUAAUUAAUUAGGAUCCAAACAGAGAUGAAGUUGGAAGCAACCAAACACCUCCACGUUUUCUCUAUUAAAAUACAGUUACACGAGUAGUUACACGACCAAGUAUGGGGAGACAAAAUAAAACGUGGCACUUUCUAAGCAGGUAAGAAGUAGAACUAUAAUGUGUGUCGGAAUAGCACUUGGGAGCACUUCAACUCGGCGCAGUAAUAUCCUCACUCCAAAGUGAAACUGAAAGUCCAAGAGUGAUAUUACUGCACCGAGUCGAAGUGCUCCCAUGUGUUAUUACGCCUUACAGUAUAGUUAUCUUUCUUAAUCGCUUAGAAAAGCGCCACGUUUUAUUUUGUCUCACUAUACUUGGUCGUGUAACUGUAUUUUAAUAGGGAAAACAUGGAGGUGUGUCGUCGCUUCUAACUUAGUGCAAUGCUAACGUAGUUUAAUGUGAAAAAAUGGUGGCGUGUUCCUUUUAGACGCCUUCUGUGCCUGAGAUCCAGUCAAACUGUUUUCGUGUUACUACAGGGAUCCUCAUUCAUUCAGUGUAUUGGAACACCAUCAAGAUUACUGGAGAAAUAUAUACUGUUGAUUGGGGAUAUCCAAGGCUCCACAUUGCUUUAACAUUUUCUUAAUGUAUGAUAACUUUAUUUUCUUUAAAAAAAUUAUAAAAAUAAGAACUCACAACAAAUUAUAUAAAAUGGACAUGUAUGCUAGUUCAUUGAAAAAAUAAACCAUGUUAGCCAUCAAAGAAUGUUUUUUCAAAUAAGUUUUCCUUUUCUGGAGAAAAAGUCCAGAAAGGUCUGGAGAAUACCUAAAAUCUCAAAUUUACACUGAAAUUGCAAAACCUGGGCAUUGUACUACACACUCAUGAACGACAGGUAAUGCCUUAAAGAAAUUAUACUGAAAUUCAUUUUUGUUGUUUUUGGUAAAACAUGGAUCAUCUUCUGUUAUCUAUUUUGUUACUUGUGUGUUGUUUAUUUACAUUGACAUCCCCUGACUAAUAAUGCUGUAAAUUAUAUUAAUACAGAAAUUGUUUAAAAUACUGUAUAUUGAAUAAAUAUUGACAAAGUUUUGUGUAAAUAUACAUCAACUUGCCAUUUUCUUUUUAUAAAGUCUUCUAAAGUAUCAUCUUCAAAUAAAAUUUGAAGGAAAUGGUCAUGUUAUGGACAGAUCAACACAACUAUA